AUGGCACCCACCUCCCGAAAGGCAGCUCCCCGGGGCAGAGUGAGCAAAUCCCAGGCCGAUUCCAAGAAGGCCUGGGAGGACAAGCUGUACUUCCUCUGGCUCCACUUUCAAAUAAAAGAUGGAGAUAAGCCCAACCACGCCGCCGUCGCCGCCAAGCUGGGCAUCAGCCGUGACGCUGCGGUCAGGCGAUAUGGCCAGGUCAAGAAGCUCGCCAAGCAGAUCGAGCAGUCCAAGGCGCCAAAGGGCAGCUUUGGUUUCGAGGAUGAGGACCUGAACAGGGUCUUUGAGGCGUUGGAAACGAAGUACGCACACGAGCUGGUCCUUCGCUAA